AUGGCAUCAAGUAGCACAAGACCCAAAUAUGACGUGUUUGUGAGCUUCAGAGGUGAGGACGUACGCAACACCUUCGCUGAUCAUCUCUUUGCCGCUUUCCGUAGAAACGGAAUAGUUGCAUUUAGAGACGAUAGGAAUCUGAUGCAAGGACAGCACAUCUCCACUGAGCUGGUGCAAGCAAUUGAAGGAUCUCAGGUUCUCAUUGUCAUCUUCUCUAAGAACUAUGCUACCUCUUCAUGGUGCUUGCAGGAACUCGCUAAGAUGCUUGAUUGCAGCAAUACGAUAACAGAACCAAAUCUGUUGCCUAUUUUCUACGAUGUGAGUCCGUCUGAGGUGCGUAAACAGACCGGAGACUAUGGGAAAGCGUUGGCUGAGCAUGAAGAAAGAUUCAAACAUAACUCAAAGAUGGUGCAACAAUGGAGGGAAUCUCUGCUGCAAGUCGCCAAUCUCUCUGGUUGGGAUAUACAAAAUAAGCAGGAGAAUGGAGAGAUUGAAAAAAUUGUUAAGAGGGUGAGAAGCAAAUUAGGUUGCAAUUCGUUAAGUGUGGAUGGGUUGGUUGGGAUGCAAUCUCGUGUGGAGGAAUUGGAAAACCUGAUUGAUUUCAACUCCGAUAAUGAAGUUCGGGUUGUAGGCGUUUGUGGCAUGGGUGGGAUAGGAAAGUCAACACUUGCUAGGGUCGUGUAUGGUAGAAACCUUCAUAAAUUUGGUGCUCAUUGUUUUGUUGAUGAUAUAAGCAAAGUUUUUCGUGAUGCGGGUGGUCUAUCUUCUCUACAAAAGCAACUUGUUUGUCAAAUUACAAAUGGAGAGAUCCAAGAUAUAUACAAUCAUUACGAAGCUAAGAGUUUGAUGAAAACUAUGCUACGUUGUCAAAAGGCUCUGAUUGUUCUAGAUAAUGCCGAAGAAGUUGAACAGUUAGAGAAGCUUGGCGUGACUCGUGAUUGUCUAUGUCCAGGAAGCAGAAUUGUAGUAACUUCUAGAGAUCAACAUGUCUUGAACUCUUUUGGGCUAGAUCAAACAUACAAAGUUCAACUCUUGAAUGACGAUGAAGCUCAUCAAUUGUUUUGUGAAAAAGCUUUUGAUGAUAAUAUAAUUAUGAGUUGUGACGAGAUUAGCAGAGAGUACAAAAAGUUGACGGAUCUUGCACUUAAAUAUGCUCAAGGCCUUCCCUUGGCAGUUAAAGGUUUGGGGUCAUAUCUACGCGGUCGAGAUAUCUCUGUAUGGAGAAGUGCCUUAGAUAGACUGAAAAAUAAUCCAAAGAAGGAAAUCGCAGAUGUGCUUCAACUUAGUUUUGAUGGAUUGGAACCCCUCGAAAAGGAAAUAUUUUUGGAUAUCGCUUGUUUCUUUAACCACCAAAUGGAUUAUCGUGUGGAAGACAUGUUGUACUGUCGUGGUCUUCAUCCAAAGAUUGGAAUAAGUGUACUCAUCGAUAAAUCAUUAAUAACAAUUGAUGGAUUCUAUAUUAGAAUGCAUGACCUGUUUGCAAGAGUUAGGCAUGAGAAUAGUUCGGCAAAGUGCUCCAAAUGA